AUGAAGAUUUUGUCAGAGCUGAGUAAAUCAUACAGGAUAAACUUUGCACAACAGACGUAGUUGCCAAACUAGAGACGACCAUGACCAUGUUAAAGAAGUUGAAGCUGCAAAGGGGAGCUCAUUACAGAAAGUUUGUGAAGAGUUAUUCUGAGGAAACGGCAGUGUUCAUGUGUGGCAAGGACAAAGGACACCAACUAAAACUGACAAAUGCAGGCAAUAUGCUUGAUCAACAGUUUGACAUUUUUCUUACGGAGAUCCUGAAUUACUUGAAGACAAGGUUUGAAAAUCUUCAGGAGAAACCCUACAGCUUGUUCAGAAUAUUCGACCCACGAGAGAUGCCACAGACCCUAGCGACCUAUGGGCAUAAUGAAAUUCGUUCCCUUGUUCAGUACUUUGGGUACCUCCUUACUGAGAAAGAGAAGGAAAACAUCCUUGACCAGUGGCCCAUGCUGCGUACCAGACUCGGCAAACAAAAGGCAAACAAUCCAGUUGAUGUUUUCGCAAACCUUCUAGCUUCAACGCCUGAUGACGUGAAAGACUGCCUCGUACUUGUUGACCUUAUGAUGACAUUGUCACCAUCCACAGCCAAUUGUGAAAGGAGCUUCUCGGCCAUGAACCAGCUUAAGAGUAAUGUAUGUACACGAAUCUCACAAGGAAGCUUGGUAGAUUUAAUGAGGGUUCGUUCCUCUGAUGUUUCCACCAAGGAAUACUGUCCUGGUCCUGCCAUUUCCCACUGGAUUUUGGAUGCAAAGACAAAGAGACACAUACUGUAA